AUGGCGUCCAACAAUUCUUCAGUGGUGCAAACGCUGAUUUACAAGACCGUUUCGGUCGCAAACGUGGGAUUGAGCUGGUUUUUGCAGCUCUCGCUGGCGCAGCAGGUGUCAAUUGUAAUUCUAACGCCAUUCGCAUAUGUGAUGUUGUGGCAGUUGUGGUUUUCGAUGCGUAAAGAUCGCGUACCGCUAGUUUUUUACUGGAUUCCAUGGGUGGGCAGUGCCGUCUCCUACGGAAUGAGACCUUACGAAUUUUUCGCAGAGUGCCAACAAAAAUACGGUGAUGUUUUCUCGUUCAUGCUACUGGGACGUGUCAUGACCGUGUACUUGGGCCCCAAGGGUCACGAGUUUGUGUUAAAUGCCAAACUAGCAGACGUCUCGGCUGAAGCUGCUUACACUCACCUCACAACGCCUGUUUUCGGUAACGGUGUUAUCUAUGACUGCCCUAACAGCAAAUUGAUGGAACAGAAAAAGUUUGUCAAGGGCGCACUCAGCACCGAGUCGUUCCGUUCGUACGUGCCCAAGAUUGCAGAUGAAAUUUACCAGUACUUCCGCAACUCCCAAAACUUCCAAAUGAACUCUCGUUCCUCCGGUUCCAUCAAUGUCAUGGAAACCCAGCCCGAAAUGACUAUUUUCACCGCUUCUCGCUCUUUGCUAGGUGAAGAAAUGCGUCAAAUGCUCAACACCGAUUUCGCCUAUCUAUAUUCCGAUCUGGAUAAGGGUUUCCAACCUAUUAACUUUGUAUUCUCACAUUUGCCUCUGGAGCACUACCGCAAGCGUGAUCAUGCUCAAAGAACUAUCAGUGGCACUUACAUGAAGUUGAUCAAAAAGAGAAGAGAAAACAACGAUAUUCAGGACAGAGACUUGAUUGACUCCUUGUUGAAAAACUCCACUUACAAAGAUGGCACUCCAAUGACCGAUCAAGAAAUUGCUAAUCUGUUGAUUGGUGUAUUGAUGGGCGGCCAGCACACUUCUGCAGCCACUUCUGCUUGGAUGUUGUUGCAUUUGGCAGAAAGACCAGAUAUUCAAGAUGAACUAUACAAGGAACAAAUGGAGAUUUUGGAAAACGGCAAGCUAGAACUAUCUUACGACUUGCUUCAAAAAAUGCCUCUUUUGAACCAGACUAUCAAGGAAACCCUAAGAUUGCAUCAUCCACUUCAUUCCCUUUUCCGUAAAGUUACCAGGGACAUGUCCGUUCCUAACACUCCAUACGUGGUCCCCAAGGGACACUAUGUCUUGGUUUCCCCAGGCUACUGUCAUUUGCAAGACGAAUUCUUCCCUCAGGCCCAAACCUUUGACCCUCACCGCUGGAACGAUGACUACCAAUCUUCUUAUGGUACGAGCGAAAAGGUGGAUUACGGUUUCGGUGCCAUCUCCAAAGGUGUGUCUUCGCCAUAUUUGCCAUUCGGUGGUGGUAGACACAGAUGCAUUGGUGAGCACUUUGCUUACUGUCAACUCGGGGUUAUCUUUUCUAUUUACAUUAGAACUUUGAGAUGGAAGUUUACGUCAAAGAUGAAAGGUGUUCCCCAACCAGAUUUCCAAAGUAUGGUCACUUUACCAUUGUGCCCAGCAGAAAUCGAGUGGGAGAAGAGAAACCCAGAACAAAAGAUCUGA